AUGGCGGAUUCAGAAAUCAAGGAGGCUUUUUCGCUGUUUGACAAGAAGGGAUCAGGCACGAUUCUGAGUGAGAAUCUCGGCGACCUGCUGCGUGCGCUCGGCCAGAACCCGACGCAGGCCGAGGUGGCGAGCCUCGCGUCGAAUGCUCCCGCGGAGAUCGAUUUCCCUACAUUCACCAACAUCUUGAACCGGCCCAACGGAUUCAAGCCAGCGGGCACGCCGGAGGAGUUUAUCCGCGGAUUCCAGGUGUUUGACAAGGACGGCACAGGCCACAUUGGCGUCGGCGAGCUGCGCUACGUCCUCACGAGCCUGGGCGAGAAGCUCUCGGACGAAGAAGUCGACGAGCUCCUCAAAGGCGUCACGGUCGGAGAGGAUGGCAACAUCAACUACGAGGCCUUUGUGCGCCAAAUUCUCUCGCAGUAA